UAAACGUAGUCUGUGAUUACCGCACUAGUAUAUAUACGCUUGUAUAUACGCAAUUUACAGCUGAUUUUGUCAAUGUGUCGUGAUGAUUAUCUUCUAACAAAACUUGUAGACGAGCGUGAAUGAUCAAUCCUCUGAUUUUUAAAAAAAUUCGAGAGUAACAAUGAUGGGGCCUUUACAGAUAAUUGCGCGAACCGGAAAAAUCGCUCCAGGUUUCCUUAGGAUUGUACCAAAUGGUAUAAACAUAUGUUUGAGUCGAAGCCAAUAUUACUAUGUAAACAAAGAUAAGGAUAAAAACUGGACAGAUAUUAUGGAAGCUGCAAGUACACAUAUGCUUUUUCUUGAAAUUUUUCGAGGAAUGGGAAUUGUUAUGUCAAAUAUAUUUAGAGAACCAGCAACGAUAAACUAUCCUUUUGAAAAAGGACCUUUGAGUCCUAGAUUUAGAGGAGAACAUGCUUUAAGGAGGUAUCCUUCUGGGGAAGAAAGAUGUAUUGCUUGUAAAUUAUGUGAAGCAAUAUGUCCUGCACAAGCUAUUACAAUUGAGGCAGAAGAAAGGGCAGAUGGAUCUCGACGGACUACAAGAUAUGAUAUCGAUAUGUCGAAAUGUAUUUAUUGUGGCUUUUGUCAGGAAGCUUGUCCAGUAGAUGCUAUUGUUGAGGGUCCUAACUUUGAAUUUUCCACUGAAACUCAUGAGGAAAUGCUAUACAACAAAGAAAAGCUUCUAAAUAAUGGAGAUAAGUGGGAAUCUGAAAUUGCUAGUAAUAUCCAUGCUGAUCAUUUGUAUCGUUAAACAAUAUUGUGUUGUAAGGUAGUUUUAAUGAUCAGGUAAAAAAAGUAUGGAAUUAAAUAUUUAUCAAAGAAAAUUCCCUACUACUAGAUAUGUGAAUGUAUAACAUGUUCAAUCAAAUA